CAACUUCAGCUGUACGUUCAACCAGACACAUUUGUUGUGGAGCUCCCUACCAUCGCGAAUCUGCCGUUUGUAGACACCACUUCACCUCUCGGGCAGAGCCAUACGUCGAUUCUGAGCCGGAAUCCAGAUCUGAAAGUACAUUAGUUCGUUCGAAUGGCUCUCCCUGGUCAGGCAACGCCUGAUGGUGUUCCUAGCUUUAAGCUGAUUCUCGUUGGUGAUGGCGGUACAGGGAAGACUACCUUUGUGAAGCGCCAUUUAACUGGUGAAUUCGAAAAGCGCUAUGAACCCACCAUCGGCGUGGAAGUCCAUCCUCUCGACUUCUACACCAACUGCGGCCGGAUUCGUUUCUACUGCUGGGACACGGCGGGUCAAGAGAAGUUUGGCGGGCUUCGCGAUGGUUACUAUAUUCACGGGCAAUGUGCGAUCAUCAUGUUCGAUGUGACGUCGCGGCUGACAUACAAGAACGUCCCAACGUGGCACAGAGAUCUGUGCAGGGUCUGCGAGAAUAUUCCCAUCGUUCUCUGUGGAAACAAGGUUGACGUGAAGAAUCGUCAGGUGAAGGCCAAGCAGGUCACUUUCCAUCGCAAGAAGAAUCUCCAGUACUACGAGAUUUCAGCCAAGAGCAACUACAACUUCGAGAAGCCCUACCUGUACCUUGCCAGAAAGCUCGCUGGGGAUGCCAACCUGCACUUCGUGGAAUCACCUGCUCUUGCACCGCCUGAAGUCACGAUCGAUCUCGCCCAGCAGGCAGUGUACGAGGCAGAGCUUGCUGCAGCUGCGGCCCAGCCACUUCCAGACGAAGACGACGAUCUGCAGGAGUGAUUUGUUGGUUGGACGCAGUCCCGAGCAGUGUCCAUGUUGUAGCUGGAGUCAUACAGGCCUCCAAUUAGGCAAUUUACAAGCUACCAGUAGUUCAUACUUGUAGGAACCGCUGCUUAUUCAGCAGCCGAGAAGUGUGCUGUCACCAACGUGCUUAACAACGUGUUCUAGUCCUGGUCUAGUGCUUGUACCUUGCCACCUCAACCGUUGGUACAACUAUGGUAUACCCACCCACCUAUGGU